AUGAAUACAAAUAGUCAAGACAAUCAACAACAACACCAACAGAUAGAAGAUACCAAUCAAGAUAUUAAAAAGAAUGAGGAUGAUGAGGAGAUAGCAUCAUCGACAACAUCAACUACAACUACAUCGACGACGACUACGACGACAAUGUCAAUCAACAAAGAUGAAUCUAAACCAACAACGACUACAUACACUGCAACACCAAAUGAUCAACAACAGGGUGGUUCAGAUGGUACUACUACUAUUACUGAUGUUCAACAACAACAACAGGUAGGGACAAGUGGUGGUGGAGGAGGAGACAACAACUCAUUUAUCGAUAUUGACAAGACACUUAAAAAGGUUAAAGACAAGAAACAAAAAGAGAGGGAGGAUAGAUUGGCAGAGAUGAUGGGUCACUAUCACAAAAAGUAUUCAUCGCCUACACUAGAUUCAGCCAAUGGACAAGACCAAGCAAAUGGCGGUACCAACCAAGAUGAAUAUGGCAGUUUAUUGGAACAGGAAAUGACAGAGGAAGAGUUAUUGGCUCGUCAACAACGACAACACCAAAGGAAUCAGAGAAAGAAAGACAUGUUGGCAGAACAGAUGAAAAAAUAUCAUGAUCAGUAUCAAAACCUUAUCUCGGACGUCAACAAUAUCUUGUCGUCUCCGUCAUCGCUCUCUGGCAGUAACUCAUCGUCUGCAGUAGUGUCUCCCUCUCAAUCACCAUUUACAUCAUCCCCCAAUUUUCUAUCUUCUCCAGUGUCAUUGUCAAGUCUACAACAACACCAUGAACAACUUUCAACUCCACAAAAAUCAUCUCCCUCCCUAUCAUCAUCAUCUUUACCAACAUCUCCUUCAACUGAAUUUAAAUCAAUUCCAAUUGUAUCAUUAAAACAUCAACAACAACAACAAAAGGAUCCAUCAUCAUCUGAUUUAAAAGAACAAGAAGAAAAAGAAGAACAAGAAAAAGAACAAUUAAAAGAAAAACAAAGAUUACAAGAUGAUGAAAAAGAGAUUGAAAAAAGAAAUCAACAACAACAACAAUCUCAACAACCAUCAAAUAUUAAUGAUCCAUCACAUAUAUUGUAUUUUGAACAUCAAGAUAUUCCAUAUUUAUCAAAUGUUGGAUUUGCAACUUUGAAAUCAAUUGAAACAGAUGCCAUUAGAUGUGCAGAAUCAGUUGUAUCUCUUACAAGAAAUUUAAAUUAUAGUUUAUUAUUGAUGUCAAGAAUGUCAGUAGAAUUAUUUAAUACAUUCAAAAUGUCAAAUGAAAUGACAUGUCUAUCGGUACAUGACAGUAUCAAUAGUGUCAAUGGUCUAAUCAACAAAUGUACAGAAUUAAAUGACCAAACCAAGAUAUUGGUCCAACUUCAACUAAAAAUCAAACUCAUCCGAGAAUGUGUAGAUAAAUUCGAUACCAUCUUCAAUCUACAUCCAAGAGCUGCAUCAGCAGACAGAGAUUAA